UUGACAUCUGCAGCAAGCUGAUCGGAGGAUGCUGCUGGAGAUGUUGGUCUUUAGAAAAUCAAGGAGGGAAUAAGAUUCGUUGUAAUACGUCAGGGCUAAUCAAAUUAAGCUCAUUAAGUUGCAAAAUGUGGCCAGAAUGAGGGCAUUGGCGGUGUCUGUAUGGAUUUUCAUCAACCUUGUGCUCGUGGGCAUGUGCGGAUACAUAUACCUACUGUGGUCCCAGUAUUGGCACUAUGUUGAGAGGCAACAUGAACGCAUGGCAGGUCUCAUUAGUAGCGGUGGCGGUGGCGGUGGCGCCGGCGGCGGCAGCGGCAGCCAGAUAUUCUACUACCGCAACAACGACCCUCCCUCCUCCUCUACAACAGACCCAGACGUCACCGCUGUUUCGUCUAGAAACCAUGUCAAAGCAUAUACAUGGUUCAAAGUGGUCCAACAUCGGAACAGUCGGCCACGGUUCCCCAAGACACGGGUCGGCAAGAAUGAGACACAGUGUUCAGAAUGGAGUGGCAAUGACAAGGUGUCCUCAAGGAUCAUAGCCUACAAGAGUCAGCUGGUAGUUCAUCUACGCCGUGUGCUGCUGGAGGAGAGCAGUGUAUUCAAGGCUAAUGGCGAGGGUAACAACCCGUACAAUGUGCGCUAUGCGGGACCACGCAGCUCCUAUGCUGAUAAGAGCGUGCAUGAUCUGGUAUGCAGUCUCAGGAAGAAGGUGGGCAUCAUACGCACAGUAAGUGGGCUGGAUGAGCCGUUCAAGGGACGGGGGCUCAGGGAACUGUUUCCCAGGGCACCCAUCUUUACUGCAAAGUACAAUACCUGUGCCAUCGUCACUAACGCGGGCUCGCUCUUCGGCUCGGGACUCGGCUCUUUCAUUGAUAUGCAUGACAUGAUCCUGAGGUUCAAUCAUGCUCCCACGAUUGGCUAUGAGGCGGACGUUGGUACAAAGACUACAUUGCGCAUUGUCAACUCACAGGUAGUCUCAAAAUCCAGCUUCAACUUUAUGACAUCACCCCUCUACCAGAAUGUGAUUCUGCUUGCUUGGGACCCCAGCAACUACUCUUCCACAUUAGAACAGUGGUACCAACAGCCAGACUUUGACCUGUUCACGCCAUACUUCGAACAUCGGAAACUCCACCCAGAGCAGGCUUUCUACCUGUUGGAUCCACACUCACAGUGGAUGCUGUGGGACUACAUCCAGAGUCUCACCCCAGUCAGAAUACGCAAGAACCCACCCUCUUCGGGCUUCCUAGGUCUGGCUCUCUUGCUUCCUCACUGUUUGCAUGUGGAUUUGCUGGAGUAUGUGCCAUCAGUCCGGCUGACAAAACGCUGCCACUACUGGGACGUAGCCGAAGACUCAUCUUGCACAUUUGGUGUGUGGCAUCCGCUGGCUGCUGAGAAACUUCUUGCUCUGGCACUAAAUGUGGCAAGUGACCAGUCAGUGUUCUCUGACGGUUACAUUCGAGUGCCUGGCUACGACACUUUGCAAUGCUGAAUGUAACCUCCUCCUGCUGGAGUAAGAAGACAGUUCAGGUUUGAGAAACAGUGGGUAAAACGCAAACAAAAACUGUAAUCAGGAAGUACUCAGUGAGGUAGAUUAGUAUGAACAGUUCCAUUCUCUCAGUAGUCGUCGUAUUGCAUUUGGUUGGACAUUUUCUUUUAAAUUCCCCAUUUAGAAUUUUCUUUAUUGAAAUAGGACAUGUUUGUAUGAAUAUGUUCACCUUCUGGGUGAUUACUCGUAAUAUAAUGGAGGAACAUACUGCUUCCACCCUCAGAGGGUACAUCUUUCUCCAAAAUAAUGGUAAACACCUACAAGUCACAUUGCAUCACCACCCACAAACACAACAGGCAAUGCCUUCACCACCAUCAGACCCCCAAACAACAGAUGUUUAUAUCAACUUUCAAUGUUAAUUUCAAACUGAGCUUCUAGUCAAUGAAUCAAGUAUCUCAUCACAUGUGAUACAAUCAUCAGUUUACAGCCACGUCACAGCCCUGUGGAGCACGUAUUGAAAUCGCUCCAUUUGUCUGCCCAUACACGUGGAACGACUCGAGGAUGAACAAAAUUGUUUUGAUUAAGAUUUAUAUUGGAGACUUUUAUGAAAGACUGUCAAACUAUUAAAGUUUUCAUGUAGAUCAGUCAGUUUUAAUAACCUCUUUACACAAGGAUAAAAGAUUUUAUUGGUGUCAUUUUAUGACAGAUUUUAUUUUAAUGUGUGUUAUUACAGUAAACAGUGAAGCCUGUUCUAGUCAUUCAUUCUAUACUUUUUAAUUCUCGCCAGUUUAGGCAAUUAUCAACUAACAGUGAACAGUUUUAUAUGAAUUUAAUCUUUGUUUAUUUUCAAUCAUAAUUAUGCUGCUCUGUGAAGAAUGUUGUUAAUAUUUAGACUAUAAUCAUCAUAAAUUAUGUAUUUGCACUUCCAGUAAAUAUCUUAUUUUUUUAAAGAGUUAUUUAUUUAUAUAAUAUUUUGGAUAUUGUUCAUGCACAUUUUAUACUUGUCAUUAUUAUGUGUUGUUUUUAUUGUAUGAAGUAUGUUUUAAACUACGACAAGCUUAUGAGUCUGCAUGUUUGUUCUCUCUAAAACUUUUGAAUCUGUAUGUUGAUUUCCGUGAAACCUGGUGUGAUCAUCAUGGCCUAGUGACACUUGUACUUCUAAUUUCCUCUUAUGACAGCUGUACCAACUUGAGAGCUAGAAUGACACUAGCACCAGCUUUUUUAGGAACUCACAUUUGGUGUGGCAAAAUUUGUAUAACUUCCGUUAAAGUAAUUUUGUGUAGAGUAUAGUGCAAGAUGGAGCCCAUGUGAAAUUUACAUCUGGCUUUUGGUUUGACUGCUCUCACCACUGGAGUUGGGCAUAUAACAUUUUUAUGUAGAUCAUAAACAUAGCCACACAUUGUUCCUAAGUCAGCAGUCACUGACGUGAUGCUGGAAUGAAAGUUUGAGGUCGCAACUGACAGAUUUAGUGUCGGAACUUGUACGAGAGGAAACUGGUCAAUAAAUAAUGUAAGUAUCAGACAGAUAGAUUGAACCAUUUGAAGGAAAGUGGUGUGGCAGAUGAUUUUCAAAAAAUAUAAGCACAGAAGUAAAUACUUCUAAAUUAAUCUUCUGUUUCAUACAUAAUACCUCAGAUGUUCGAUUCAAUUGUGGGGGCUUAAAUACUGACCUGGACUCUUAAAAAUGUGAACAAAACUGAGCCCAGCGAUUGUCAGUAAACAGGCAGUGUAAAUCUUCGCUUGUGUGCAUUUCUCUUUCUCCCGUGUGUGUUCAUCAUUCACUUUGUUUCAUCUUACCGUCCAAUAAGCUGUGAGAAAGCACAAAUGGAUGUUAUGGAAUCAGUUAUACAAGUCAAUUCAGUUACAGUACACGCUGGUUUCCGUACGUACGUUAAAGUUUAGGCGAUUCAUAUUUUGUAUUAGAGAUGUUGAAUUUACAUGCAAAUGUUCAAUUUGUCUCACUGAUAUUGGAUUUUAGAAUUUGAUAUGUUAUUUAAGAAAUAUAAUUUGUAUUAAAUUUGAAGGACGAGAGUCUA